AUGGGUGCGGGAAAGGUUGAAAAGCGGUCGCCCUCCUAUGGCCCAACUGGUUCUGCCUUACUCCCUCAAACCGCUGUUGUCUCCCCAGACGACGUGGUUUCUGCUAUGUACCUUUUCGACUUCGUACUGAUGGAAACCAAGUCGCCCGCCCCUCUCCCGCUUGAAGUGCCAGGAGGUCGGACUGUUUGGCGGUGUAUUCCGACUGCCCUUAUUGCUACGUACGACGCUGCGGGGCCUGCACUUACUCGACAACUUAGACUUCCCUCGACUCGAAAGGAAUUCAUUAGCGGCCGGCCUCAGACUUAUGAUUCACAAAACAUUCCUACUUACCAAGACUUGGACCUUCGAGCUUUGUGUGCCGGGUGCAACAUGAAAACAGUGGAAGAUGGUCUGGAGAACAACGUCAAGAAGCCCGUUGCGCUGCUGGAUGACAGGUCUCGCCUGGCCAACAAGCAACUGGCUCUAGCGGGAUAUGUGACGAAUCCAGACUGUUGUGUCAUCAUGGUCUUGCUGUCCACUGCAUCUCCUGAGCAAGCGCUGUACCUCACAGAGUUUUUCUACAAGUAUCUCGGCUCUAAAACUUCCCUUGGCAUACAUCGCCCGCCACGAGGAGUUCUUUCUUUCGCAUUGGAGUUUCAUUUGCAGUUCUAUGUCUGGCGCGAAAAAGAUGUAUUGCGGGAAGAUCCGAGGAAGAAGAAGAGCGAUAAGCCCCUGCGAAGAUCGUUUCGACUUAACUUCAUUAACGGGGAUGAACCUGAAGGGGGUUCUCAGGUCUGCAUUUACGAAGCCCAGAUCUCGUGUCUGGUAGCGGGUCUAGACAAUCAUUCCUGGAUGGCAUAUCUAUUCAUCGACACCUACUAUCAGGAAGACUCCUCUUCUGAGAGUGUGGAGUAUUACCACUCCCAGGAAGACCUCAGGACGGAUCCUCUUGCAGCCGGAACAGUGGACUCGGACCUACCCAUUUGGACCCCGAGAGAGUACUUCCUUGUCGUAUACGAGUGUCGGUUGAAGCAAGUCAAGCACGCUCUUCAGAACCUCGUCUCGAGAUUGCUAUUGAAGCUCGAACCCUAUGAACUAACAUCGUGGCCUCAACUAAAGGUUCAGGAUUCUAUGACCCUUGUACCUCACCCGACCGAUGACGGCAUCUCGCCUGCCCAAAAGAAGAAGAUCCAGCAAAUGCUAAACGAAGCCAGCAGAGUGCUACGACAAACCAUUCACUCGAUCUGUAAGGCAGUCGAGGUCUGGGAUAGAUUCAGCAGCCGGGACGCAGCCUACCUAUCAGACAUCCUCCGACCAAGAAGCGGCAGGCCGGACCCAAUCCCCCCCUUCAGAGUUGUUGCCAGGAUAGGGGAGCACAUCGACGGACUGAGGGAUCUUCAGCGUCUUGCCGAACAGCAGCAAGAACUAUGCGCGGGCCUUGCCCGUGAGCUGGAAAUGGAGCUUGUCAUGGAAGACAACGAGAUCACUGUCCAGCAACAGGCAACGGGCGAGUUAUUAAAGACUUUGACAGCAAUCGGCGUACUAUUCCUACCGCUUACAGCCACGGCUGCUCUGUUCAGCAUGCAACCUGGCGUUCUACCAGCCAGUUUCUACACUGGAAAGUCAUUUCUCCUUUGCUGGCUCCUGCCCACGUUUGUUGCAGUCGUGGCCGCAAGCUUUCUUGAUUAG